UCUGAUUUUGAUUCUGUGGUUGGUGUGCAGGGCCCGUCAGAGGUGGAGGUGUCAGACAUCUGCGAGCGGAGAAAGAUGAACGUGGCCCACGGCUUGGCCUGGUCCUUUUACCUGGGCUAUCUGCGACUCGUGCUACCGCAUUUGGAGGAUUCCAUCACAGCAUUUCAUGCCACCCAUCAGGCCAGCAGCCCCUUCAGGAGUCGUGGCUCCAGGAAGCUCCUUAUUCUCAUACCUCUCAACGCCAACAUUUCUCACAAGCUGGAGGACGAGGACGACAACAUCCAUUUCUAUGACAACUUACCCAACAAUGAAAUAAACAGGGCGGGAGUCCGGGGGCGGGUCUACAAGCACAGCGUCUACAGAGUACUGGACGGGGAUGGAAAGGCCCAUGAGUGUGUGGUGGAGUAUGCAACGCCUCUGCUAACGCUUUACAGCAUGUCCCAGGAGAGCAGCGCUGGUUUCGGGGAGCCUGAGCGCAGACAGCAGGUUCUGCUCUUCUACAGGACCCUGCAGGACAUACUGGAUCACUCGCUGGAGUGUCGCAACCGCUACACACUCAUCCUGCUCAAAGAUGAGCAAGAGGACGACCCUCACUUCCUGUCCAAGGCCAUCCUCAGACACCUGCAGCAGCAGGAGAAAGAGGAGUUCUGCCUCACCCCACCCCCUCACCAGGAGACGGAGCACCCGUUGUCGAGUACUCCAAGUUCCCUCCCCAUAAACAAUUACUGGCACCACCCCGACCCAAUGAGCAGGGAGCCCACGCUCAUGUUUAGCCUGGAGAGACCUCUGCCUCUCAAAGAACCUGUUGAGAACACCGACGAUUAUCAAGGAAGACAAUAAACACUGUUUUGUCAUAGUAUAGUCUUGUUAUACAUAUACCAGCCUGACAGAUAAUAGCAAUUUAAAAAAUUGACCACACCUUUGCUUAGCAGAAGAGUUAUGUUUCAUUUGACCGUCUCUGUGUUUAAUGGUUUAGUGAGUGACUAUUGCCAGAGUCUCUGGCAACAGUAUUAUGUGUCAUUGUGACCAACAUUAAAGGUUAAGUAUAUAAUA